CUUUAACGAAUUCUCAAGUCACUUUGGAUUUGAGAAUACUUUUAGUUUUUAAUUUUUUUUAUAUGUACAAAAAUCCGAACGAACUACAUUUUUCUUGUUAGCGCAAUUUUGAAAGAAAUAAACGGAAAAGUUGGAUAAAACGACGAAUCACUCACUAACAAAAGCGAAAAUAAGUGUGAAGUGACAUAAUCUUUAAAAAAAAAUAUUUAAAAUUGAUUGAGCCUAUCUCAACUACUUAAUAGUAAUAUUGAAUUGAGACGAAUUGGAUAAAUUUAGAAUCACAAAUACACACGCUUAUACGCGGACAAUCUGUGCAAAAAAAUAAAUACUGUGCCCUGCUUAUAGAUAAAAUAGACUGAACAUAAAAAAAUAGAUUUUUUCUCUGAAUUUGCCCACAUUCAAAAAAAAAAAUUGUCGUCUUUUUCUCGAUUAAAAAAUAAAUGCAUACGUAGAAAAAAAUUAAAACAAUAAUAAUUGAAAAGACUAAGUAGAAAAAACAUUAAGGGCGUAAAUAAAUGGUGCAGUGAAUAGACUCAAACUUUAUGUGAAUGAUUAGAAAAGCAAAACCAGACACUAAAAAAGUAACAAUACACAAACGAAAUUUAAAAACGUGGGCGGAUUUAUAAUUCUCUUUUUCUGUGCACACACGACAAAAAGGUGUACGGAACAAUACCAUUCUCAAUUCGAGAGACAAGUCAUAUUAUAUUUAUUAUUAUUGUAUAAAGGAAAAAGAUAAAACGUAAAUAACGAAAAAUGGAUGCGUGUGAAAUUGCGAAUUUUUUAGCAAAAGAGCUAUUUUAUCAGCUCGCAAGUUUUGAUGGUUUCAACAAUAGCGGAAAUGGUGCAUUAACGCAAACAACAGCAACCCUUACUCCAACCGUCUUACGCAAUAUUGAACAAACUUUUUUGGAUUACGCUGACGAUACAACCAAUUCUCUUCCUUUUCAAGCGGGAUUCGUUCCUCCAAUUGCCCCUGCAUACCAAACAUCUUCCUCAAUUAUCAACGGUACGAAUAACAACAGUUCGACAAUCCUCACGGAUCACGAAUACAGUAUGGAUAGCAGUUCAAUGUCGAGUAGUUCAUGGCAUACAACGCCGCCGCCUCAAGAUAUUGUCAUUGAAUCCGCGAAACACAAUAAAGGAGUUGCAAAUAAUAACAACAAUAAUAGUGUUAACAACAAAAAUACCGUUGGAAAAGCUCCUCGUCGUAAUGUCGGAGGUCGACGUCCCAAUCGCCCAAGCAAUUUGACGCCCGAAGAAGAGCAAAAACGCGCUGUACGACGCGAACGCAACAAAAUGGCAGCCGCCAGAUGCCGUCGUCGACGCGAAGAUCACACGAACGAGCUGAUGCAAGAAGUCGAAGGCUUGGAAAAUGUCAAAAAAGGUUUGCAAAUGGACAUGCAAAAGUUACAACGCGAAAAAGAAGAACUCGAAUUCUUGUUGCAAAAUCAUCGAACAACAUGCAAACGACAAGUUCGUGAGAUUCCGAUGACACAAUUUAUUCUCCCAACGGUUGAUAGAAUCAAGUCUGAACCUGUAGAAGAAUCGUUUGAUAAUGAUUGCAGACCGCCGUCGCCUAAACGUGCUCUUCUUUCAAGUGUCGUUUUCAACUCAAAUCCCUCCCAACAAACACAACAAACUCAAGCACUUCCCCAAAUUCAAACUGUCGUUCAACAGCGCCCAAAUCGACCAAAUACCCUAAAUGUUCCAAUGACGAUGCAUCCCUCGUCGCAAGCCCUCAACAACGUUCAAAUUGAGACUCCAUCAAAUGGCACAGUUAACUUUAACUUUGACAGUCUCAUGGAAGGCGGCACAGGACUCACGCCAAUCAAUCAUCCGCUGAAAGUAAUUACAGAUCCCCGCCAUGGAUUAGAUUUAAUCACACCCACAAGCGAUGCAAGCAGAUUGUGUAGUUUAUAAAAAAAAAGUGAUUCUCUCAGCAAAGAUAAAUAAAAAAAAAUAGGACGACGCUAAAAAUUUUAAUACAGAAAGCUUUAUAGUUUACGCACGAUUUGUGAUCUUAAUUUAAAACAGAGAAAACAAUAGAAAAUCAUAUUUAAGAGUUAUGUUAAAAGAAAAUCUAUGAAAAAUGUUUACCAACUAAAACAAAAAUCAAUAACAAGAAAAUUGUAUUAGCUUUAAGUUGAAUAACGAGCAAUAUUUUUUAUAUCAAAAUUAUUGUAAUGAUCCAGCAAAAAGUUUAUGAGGUGCCUAAAAAAUUUCGUACUACUUAGAACAUUCAAAAAUUCAGGAAUCUUUUGAAAAAUUGUUGUAAUUGUGUCUUAGAAAAGAAAAAUAAAAAAAAAAUAACGAUGUGCUCUUGUGAAACUUUCCUUAAAAAGACAAAUUCAGAAUAAAUGAAUAUUUUUAUUGAUAAAUGAAAAAGUUUAUAUGUAUAAUAAAAUAA